AUGGCGGUGCUCCCUUAUACUGUUGCUUUCCUCCUUCUUUCCUUCUUACAUACUGUAAAUUUCGCUAACUCGCAGUCAUUCAUCGGUAUAAACUAUGGCCAAGUUGCGGACAACCUCCCACCGCCAUCAGCCACAGCAAAGCUUCUUCAAUCCACUACAAUCCAAAAGGUUCGAUUAUAUGGAUCGGACCCGGCCAUAAUCAAAGCCUUAGCCAACACCGGAAUUGGAAUUGUUAUCGGCACAGCAAAUGCUGUCAUUCCAGCUCUAGCCUCUGAUCCCAAUUUUGCUAAGAGCUGGAUCAGCACAAACGUGCUCCCCUUCUAUCCAGCUAGCAAAAUCAUCCUCAUCACUGUUGGCAAUGAGGUCAUGACUUCCAAGGACCAGAAUAUUAUGAACCAGCUCUUACCAGCAAUGCAAAAUGUACAGAAUGCUCUAAACGAUGCGUCGCUCGGGGGUAAAAUUAAGGUCUCCACCGUUCAUUCGAUGGGAGUGCUUAAGCAGUCUGAGCCGCCUUCUUCUGGAAGUUUUGAUCCUUAUGGGGAUUUGAUGAAGGGCUUGUUGGAGUUUAACAGUGCUACUGGUUCGCCUUUCGCGAUCAAUCCCUACCCUUACUUUGCUUACAGAAGCGAUACAAGGCCUGAGACUCUUGCUUUUUGCCUUUUCCAGCCGAAUGCAGGACGAGUGGAUGGAAACACCAAGAUUAAGUACAUGAACAUGUUUGAUGCUCAGGUUGAUGCAGUUUAUUCUGCACUGAAUUCUAUGGGAUUUAAGAAUGUUGAGAUUGUGGUGGCUGAGACCGGAUGGCCAUAUAAAGGAGAUGACGACCAAGUAGGGCCAAGUAUUGAGAAUGCCAAAGCCUACAAUGGCAAUUUGAUCGCGCACCUUCGAUCGAUGGUGGGCACUCCAUUGAUGCCAGGGAAAUCAGUGGAUACAUACCUCUUUGCUCUAUAUGAUGAAGACUUGAAACCCGGACCUGGUUCUGAGCGAUCAUUUGGACUUUUCAAGCCUGAUCUCACCGUAGUUUAUGACGUUGGACUCUCUAAAAGUAGCCAGGUAAGAACCAAAUUCAUGUACAUUUCAUUGGUAUUUCAACAGCGAAGUGUUCCACUCCUGAGCUUUCCUUUGAUUUGGCAUUUAAUUUCUACACCAAAAACUCCGGCAGCGCCAUCUCCAACUCCGGCAACUCCAUCUCCAAAGCCGGUGAAAGCAACAUGGUGCGUGCCUAAGUCUGGCAUAUCAGAUGCCCAAUUGCAGGCUAAUCUGGAUUAUGCUUGUGGACGAGGGAUUGACUGUGGUCCGAUCCAACCAGGCGGGGCUUGCUUUGAACCAAACACAUUAGCAUCACAUGCUGCUUAUGCCAUGAAUCUCUUCUAUCAAACUUCUGAUAGAAAUCCAUUGAACUGUGAUUUCUCACAAUCAGCCACUCUUUCGUCUAAGAACCCCAGCUAUGAUGCCUGCACUUACCCCAGUGAAUGCACCUGA